AUGAUUUUCCUGGGAUUAUAUUAUCCAGUAAGUCGCGAUUUAUUAUCCGUACUUGGUGUGGUUCUAGGCGUCAUCUGUCAAGAAUCAAUAUUCCAAUUUUACAGUUACUGUAUAGCUUCUCUGAGCGACCCGAAGAGAAAAGGAUCCCAUAUACCUUACAGAGAUUCUAAGCUAACGAAGCUUCUAGCGGACUCGCUAGCGGGAAAUGGGGUGACUCUAAUGAUUGCUUGCAUUUCACCCGCAAGAUCAAACAUAUAUGAAACAAUAAACACUCUUCGUUAUGCGGCCCGAGCCAAGAAAAUAAGGACUAAGCCGGUUGUGUUAAUGGUAAGUGUUCAAAAUAUAGUCGUGCAUUUAAUUUAG